AUGUCUCACCCGUAUGCCUACUGGCCAAGUGCUCCCGGUAUCCCCCAGUUCGAGCCUGUGCCAGAAGAUGCCGCCAUCAACAACCACAACCAACUAGAGCCCCAGGCACAUCUCAUGUCAAGCUUUUCCCUGAAUCAUGCUAUCGCGACCUCCUCCAUUGAUGAAGGCCCGAUUCCAUCCCAAGGGCACGGUACACAACCUAGCCGUACACCCGCGGAUUUAGCGGCCUACGUCCAGCUACCGGAACUAGCUUUCCCAACCAGCUUACCCAACAACGUGAACUUCCAUCAGUCAUUCAUGUUACCUGUCCCCAUGAGCAAUGGACAGGCUGUCUAUCAUCCCACUCAUACCACCAAUGGAUGCCAUGACCAGCGACCAAACAUAAACGAGUAA